AUGACCUCCCCCAAGGGAAAUAGUGUCAAAAACGACACAUCGCCCGACCCUUUAGCUGCUGAAGAUUUGCCAACCACGGAAACCUCAAAUGAUCCUCCCACCGGCCCGGUUCGUCGGUCGGCCAGAUCCAAGAAGGUCCCAGCAAACUAUGAAGCUGGGAUCAUCAUUUCCGGUCCCAAGGCUAGCCUCCUAACCCCAAGCAGAAGCUCCCGUCCCAAGCGGAAAGCUGCUGAUAUGGCGGAGAAGACCAUUGCGGCCAACAGUGAUAGGAUACUUGAUGAAGUUAUCGAACGUAUGAAACCUGGCGAGCACAAGGAAUGGGCCGGCUGGGUUGAGCUAGAAUCCGAUCCAGCAUUCUUCAACGCCAUGCUCCAUAUGCUGGGAGCGCGAGAAUUCAAGAUUAACGAAGUUUUUGGCCUGGAUGAUGAGUUGCUAGACAUGCUACCUAAUCCAGUGUUUGGUUUAGUGUUUCUCUCCCAGUACACCACCGAGGAGAGUUUGGGAGAAAAACGCGCCGGCUGCCCCGAAGACCUCUGGUUUGCUAACCAGACGACGGCUAACGCCUGUGCCACGGUUGCGCUCAUGAACAUUCUGAUGAAUACCCCAGAUCCGCGGUUCGGAAAUGAAAUGCAGCAAUUCAAGGAUGAAACUAACGAUGCGCUGCCGCCUCGUCGAGGACACAUGCUGGACACGAACGAUUUUAUACGUGGCGUUCACAAUUCGGUCGCGCGACGACUUGACCUGCUCUCGGAGGACCUAAUUCUACAAAGCAAGUAUGAGGACCAACAUAAGAGCCUGCAGAGAAACAAGCGAAGCAUGAAAGGCAACAAGAAGACAUCGAAGAAGGCCUCCACCACGAAUAAAAAGCCGAAGAAGGUAGACCCCGACGCUUGUAAUCACUAUAUUGCCUACGUGCCCCUCAACGGCAAAGUCUGGGAGCUGGAUGGACUGGAAGCAAAUCCCCUCUGUCUCGGCGAACACGAAGAAGGCAACUGGCUUGGCCGCGCCACGGAAGCAAUCCAGACCCGCAUGGCCGUCUACGAGAACCUGACUUACAAUAUCCUAGCCCUAUGCCAAUCACCACAAGUCUCGCUAGUCGACAAACUGGCCACCAACGUUGCCUGCGCCCAAAACCUCGACACGCUCUUCCGGCUCAACCCAGCCUGGACUCUGCCUUCCCCGUUCACUAUAUUCACCGACCCCAAGCUGUCGGAAUUUAAUCUCACCCGCGCCCAGGUCGAUUCGAAGCCUCUGCCCGAAUCGUUCGUUGCGAAGACUAGGGGCGGCGACUUCAGCGUGGAGCAGGCGCAAAGGAUGAUGAACGAGCUGUCUUUGGAACAGCAGAGCAUCGAGACCGAUUACGCGGAGGAGCUCGCCAACCACGAUGAGGCGAUUGCCAAAAUUCAGGGGAGGCAGCGAGACUAUACUCCGUUGAUUCAUACGUGGGUGCGACUACUAUCCCAGGCAGGAGUGCUGAAAGGGUUGAUCAAAUCGGUGGGCUAG